GAAGUAACGUUAGACAAAAAUAAAACCUGAAGAUAGAAUGAGCGACCGUUAACGUGCACGGACUCUAAACACUUCUCAUUAAAUGUGCAAUUUAAGUGUUCAAUUAAAUUCCUCAUCCCGUGCUACAAUUUAAAGAUGGAUUAUACAAAUAUCAUACCUUACAAAAGAAAUGCUUUAGAAAGGGGGAGCUAAUCAAAUAGAAAAAGGUUGUAUAGUUAACACGAAGAUUGCUAUUAUUAUAUAUAAUGCAGCAGGAUUCUGAAUCUAAUCGUAAACUAGACUUGCAAACACAUAGUACAAGGUUUAAUGUUCUGGUCGGUUUGACUGGCAGUGUAGCUGCACUCAAGGCGCCUUUGUUAGUAACACAACUACUUGAGAUUCCAGGGGUUGAUGUACGUGUGGUCACCACAGACCAUGCAACUCAUUUUUACGAUAUCAGUGAAGUCUCUGUUUGUGUGUACAGAGAUAAGGAUGAAUGGGAGAUGUGGACAAAGCGCUCUGACCCUGUGCUACAUAUCGAACUUAGACGUUGGGCAGAUCUUUUAGUGAUUGCUCCACUGGAUGCCAACACGCUUGGCAAAAUUGCCAGUGGAAUAUGUGACAACCUUUUGACAUGUGUGGUGCGGGCCUGGGACAGCAGCCGUCCUCUGCUCUUCUGUCCUGCUAUGAACACAGCCAUGUGGAAGCACCCUAUCACUGCACAGCAAGUGGCCACACUUAAAGGCUUUGGCUACGUUGAGAUACCAUGCAUUUCCAAAAAACUCGUCUGUGGAGAUGAAGGUAAAGGUGCCAUGGCAGAGGUUUCAACUAUUGUUGAAACUAUCAAACAGUACACCCAGAAACAUCCUGAAUGACCUUAGACUAAACAUACCAGGGCCAGCAGGCGGGAGACACAAGGAGAAAUUGUCCUACAAAGCAAACAUAUUCAGGACCUCAGCACUGGACACACAAACCUCAGGAAUGGUGACAAUCAACAAAUUUAAAAAGAUGAGCUCUUAACAUCACGACUAGUUACUAACAAUAAUGACAAAACACCAACAAAAGUUUGAAUAAAGACGGCAAACAGCAAAACAGUAAUCCCAUUAC